AUGGUGAAACUUCUCAAAGUGGUGGAAGUCCUCGACCUUCAGUCCUGGAACGUUCACCAAUAUGUCUCUCUGAUCGAGUGCAUGGACAAUUGCGGGUUACCCAGGUCAAGCGUUCUCACACCGAGCUUGGCACUAAUCAUGGGACCAAUGGUUGAUCCGCAAGGCGAGUCGUUUCUGACCACAAACAGCUGUUGUGGAACCUUAGCAAGUGCACCGAUCUGUUUGAGCAACACAAUUCCCGCAGAGUUGGUCACAUACCGUUGGUUGGCGUUGAUCUUGAUCACAGGACCUUGGUUCAAUUGCGGUCUGUUCAAGCUCUCGUAG